AUGUCGCCUCGCGAGAACGGAACCGCCACCUCCGCACGCCGACGUCCCUCACUGUCGUUUCGACCACACCCACGAACUACUACCCUUACCCCGAUUUCGAAAGACUCAGCCUGUGCCUUGGAGGCAUUCCGAGACCCGUUUCAGACAGAACUGUGCCAGGAAGAUCAUGCACCAGUGGUAGAGGAAAUGGAUCCUUUCCCCAACGCCGUUCCCCGGCGCCGCGGUGCAAAGAGCUUCUCAACCUUGAAGCAUCCUAUGGACGGUCUGGUGGCUCUCGGACGCCGUUGGUCCGUCAGUCUUCGCCACAAGUCUUCCAAGCAAAACUUCGCCGAGAACAUCUCGGCCGAUGUGGAAGAUCAACACCAUGUCCCGAGUUCCAAGCACAGGCGUAUGGCCUCUGGCAGCUGGGAUGCCCGUUCAACCAAAGUUGCGUGGCAGGGAUGCGUCAACCGACGCCCUUCCUUGAACAGCGUGUCCGCAUUGCAUGGAUUCUAUGCACCCACUGCACCUGUCCCUGCACCCAUCCCCGGUCGAGGCCAAGAUCCUCCAGUUUUGCCGAACAACGGCUUUUCGGGGGCAGCGGCGCGCGCUGCAGCGGCAGCCCAGAAUGAACAGAUGGAGAUCACGCGGGCCGCUAAGGUCGAGCGUGAGUCUAACAAGAUCCUCGAAAUGAGGGUCCCACAGGACUCAGAGAGUGGUAUCGGUAUCGAUCUGCGUGAUCGAUCAGAGGUACCAGAGGCAGAGCUAUAUGGCCUCGCACGACUCGAUCCCGUGGCUUUACUCCCUACUGAGAUCUCAGCACACAUUCUCUCGUACUUAAACCCCCCUUCGCUCUUGAACUCAGAGCUGGUCUCUCGCGCCUGGCGGGAGGCCUCUUCCCCUCACGUUUGGAAGCAGGUCUUCCGUGGUGCAUACGAGCAGCGACCUGCAAGCGAGACGAAGACCAAGCUGAAGCAGUCAUCCGGUCUGGGAAAGACGAUCCCGAACCAAGACUGGAAGAAGAUGUUCCUUGUCCGCCGCGCCCUCGACCAGCGUUGGAAGGACGGCAAAGCGGCGGCCAUCUACCUCCAGGGUCACGAAGACAGUGUUUACUGCUCCCAGUUUGACGAGAAGAAAAUCAUCACUGGCUCUCGUGAUCGCACAAUCCGUGUGUGGGAUUCCCAAUACCCGUGGGCAUGCCAGAAGAUCAUCGGCCCAUCGAGCAGCCGCGGAUUGCCCCGUCGGGGCGGUCCAGUGAACAGCCCGACUUCCCAAGCUACAGGAAGCCCGCCUUUCAUGACCAUCACUCCACCAUGGCCCACGUCCGCUGAGAAAGAGGAGCUCUCGUCGCCCCUCGACGAAGACUCCUUGUAUCACAGCGCUUCGAUCUUGUGUCUGCAGUUUGACGAGGAGAUCAUGGUCACCGGAUCUUCUGACUAUACCUGUAUUGUAUACGAUAUCAAAAACGACUACCAGCCCAUCCGCCGUCUAUACGGUCACCAAGCCGGUGUGCUUGAUGUAUGCUUCGAUGACCGAUACAUUGUCUCCUGUUCCAAGGACGCCACCAUCUGCGUGUGGGACCGCCACACAGGCCAGCUUUUGAGAACCCUCACCGGCCACUUGGGACCCGUCAACGCCGUCCAGCUACGUGGUGAUCUGAUUGUAUCCGCGAGCGGCGACGGAGUCGCCAAGAUGUGGAACGUGACCACCGGCCAAUGCGUCAAGCAGUUCCUCAGCAAAGACAAGGGCCUUGCAUGUGUCGAAUUCAGCGACGAUGGCCGGACCAUCCUUACUGGUGGCAACGAUCGCAUAAUUUAUCAAUUCGACGCUAAUACAGGCGAGCUUGUCAACGAACUUCAAGGCCACGCCGGCUUGAUCCGGUCUCUGCAUCUGGACAGCGCGAACAAGCGCAUCGUCAGUGGCAGCUACGAUAUGAGCGUCAAGGUCUUCGACCGUGACACAGGCAACCUGUCCCUCAACUUCCCUGGCUGGACCACGAGCUGGAUGUUGAGCGUGCAGUCUGAUUACAGGCGCAUCGUGGCGACGAGCCAGGACUCGCGAACAGUUAUCAUAGACUUUGGAUAUGGUCUAGAUGGGAUCGAGCUUCUAGAGGAGUGA